AUGGCCGACUCGAAGGACUACGAGGAAAAGGUUGGUGACUAAACGAGCGCUUUUGUAUGACAGGGGGGGGGCUGGAUUAGAGGAAUUAAUCGUCGCAAACAGGCUUUCGAGGUGGCUAACCUUGACGUUGAAAGUUUUUGGUAAAUUUUUGUAGAAUUUUGACAGCGACUACGUCUAAUAAUUUGUAAGGGAGUUGUAGAAUCUUCUCUUUCGCAUAUCAAAAAACAAAAUUUUUGAGCUUCAAAAAAUGACGUCAUUUUUCGCAAUUUCACAUUUUUUCUGCAUAAAUUUGCGCCAAACUAAUUAUAUAGAAACUGGGAUAAGCUAGUGAGAAAUAAAAGCAAAUUUUGUCAGUGCCAAUGACAUUGUAUGGCAUUAAAAAAUAACUCUGCCAAUUUUCAGUCUCCCUCGCACGAGACGGUCACCGUGGCCAUGCCAUCCACCGAGUCCCAGUCCGCCCAGCAUCGCUCGAUCACCGAGAGCGCGCAGUUCAAGGUUGUGACACCCAAGUAUAAAACCGGCGACAAAAUUGUGAGUUAUCUUUAAAAUUUAUUGUACUUGUAUACUCCCCGUACAAUGUUUUGACCCCCCUCCUAACUCCGUCCAAAGUGUACUAAUUCGGACCAAAUUUGGUAUGUAGUAUACUCACAGGCUAGUAACAAAAAAUAACAUAGCAGGACAUACCUUAUAGUUGAAUUUCAAAAGCUAGGGGCAAUUUUCAAAAAUCACCUUAAAAAAUCGAGGAAAAAGUUUUGACCCCCCUUAAAGAAAGUUAGAUAUCGCCAGCAGAUGCCAAACUUAUUGUAAUCGACGUCCCAUACCUGAAUACAGGCUAAUAUAUGGUUUUCCGUUGAAUGCUUCGUUGCAUUUGAGGAUUCAACGCGUUAAACCGUUUUUGAUGUAGAGCUGCCCAAAAUUGUAAAAAUCUUGCCCUAGCGCUUUCCUAGAGCUCUAAAUUGGGUUUAUAUUACGUGCUUUAGACCUGUAUUUACCUUCUCCUUUCAACAAAAGUGCAUGGUGGCCUGGCGGUGUAGAUUCGGCAGAUACCCUCUUGUCAUGCCCAGCCUUGGUGAGCCAUUUGCUCUUUGACUCAAGGUCGAGAUGUGGUCAUUAGGUCCUCAAUGUAAUCCUGAGACUCCUAGUUACUCUCAGCAAUGUAAAAUGUUUUGAUUUGACACGUUUUGUAAUGGGUUUCAUUCACCUUAAUCUUAACUUUGCCGUUACUGUAGAUGACCCCGAGUACGAUGACAUCACCACCUCCCAUUUGGCGUUUCAUACGUCUCAAAUGAGUAUGGUAAGUGCUGUAGCGUCUUAAAUUAACUGGUCCAUCAAAUGAAAGCUGUCUUUGGGUGCUAAAAAUCCAUUUGAAAAACGCGGGUUUUUCGUUAAGGUGCAGAUCGGCGAAGUUGCGCCUGCAAACCAUAUGAGACCGUGUCAGCCGGAGUUUAUUUUUUCUUUGAGAGUAACUAGGAGUCUCAGGAUUACAUUGAGGACCUAAUAACCACAUCUCGACCCUGAGUCAAAGAGCAAAUAGCUCACCAAGGCUGGGCAUGACAAGAGGGUAUCUGCCGAAUCUACACCGUCAGGCCACCACGCACUUUUAUCGAAAGGAGAAGGUUAACACAGGUCUAAAUCACAUAAUAUAAAUUCAAUUUAGAGCUCUAGGAAAACGCUAGGGCAAGAUUUGUACCAUUUUGGGCAGCUCUACAUCAAAAACGGUUUAACGCGUUGAAUCCUCAAAUGCAACGAAGCAUUCAACGGAAAACCAUAUAUUAACCUGUAUUCAGGUAUGGAACGUCGAUUACAAUAAGUUUGCGUGGCAUCCGCUGGCGAUAUCUAACUUUUUUUUAACGGGGGUCAAAACUUUUUCCUCGAUUUUUUAAGGUGAUUUUUGAAAAUUGCCCCCAGUUUUUGAUAUUCAACUAUAAGGUAGGUCCAGCCAUGUUAUUUUUUGUUACUAGCCUGUGAGUAUACUACAUACCAUAUUUGGUCCGAAUCAGUACACCUUGGACCGAGUUAGGAGGGGGGUCAAAACAUUGUACGGGGAGUAUAAUAUCACACUUGACUGGCCUACCAUUUACAACAAUAAUCACUUGAUUUGACCUAAAUAUUCAUUUUUUAGUCAUCGGAAAUCAACCUUGGCGGCGCCACAGUGUCCUCUGGACACACUUUACGCGAAAGCAAUGGGGAAUACCGAUCAGAGCAUUCGCAAGAACAGUUCAAGAUGCAUGUCAUCGACCCCAAAGUCAACUCGAAUGCCUAUAUCCCCGCUCACACCACAUCUUCAGUUGUAAAAACCCGAACUAUCACCGAAGACUUUCCCAGUCAUCACAAUAAAAGAUCACUGCUUAAUCUGGACCCUGUGGAACAACGGAAAUUCAGGGUAGGAAAAGUGUCCUUUUGUCAUUUAGUUACUAAAAUAUUUGUACUCAUUAUGAGCCAUUUUUAACUUCGAUUACAAUUUUAGAGUGUUGAGACUCGGCCGAUCACAACAAACGCCUACUUAAGCGAGAGUGUGAAUCGACAUCGAGCGGCCGAAGAGUCCAAACUGAAGCAAUACUUGAAGGCCAAAGAAGGGGAUGCCAAUCAGCCCUGGAACAAGCCGGAUUGGCCUGGAGCUAGUGUAAGACCUCUUGUUGAGGAUACUAAUCUAUUCUUGGCACUUUCAGCAAAACCAGGAGAGUCUACGAGAGUUGGAGCAAAUCAGAAAGGUGAGAAUUACUUUACAUUUUAAGUAGAGACUUAUGACGUCUAAACUAAUGCUUUUUUGAAUUUUCAGAGUAUCGAAACGCUACAAAAGGUAAGUUAGUGUCAGUUCUUGUCUUUCCUUGUCUUAUCUUGUCCUUCCUUUCUACUGGAAUAUGAGAAUGAUGGCACGGAGUAAAAGGAGAACGCCUGAAUUCAAAUCUACUGAAAACGAGCCGUCUUGGGACCCAAUCUCCUGCUAAUGGAGCUCUCUAACGCCAAAUACGCUCCAUAUCAUGGCAUAUCACGGACCAGCCGCAGGUAAGAGCCCGCUUUAAUUGUGGAGGCGGGGUUCAUGAGAGGCGCGCAUCGAGCCCCCUUUUUCUCCCGAUCCCUGCGCUUGGCCGGGUGCGCGAUCUUCCAAGGGGAAAACGCAGGAUCAGCUUCUUUUUUCCGGUCCCUCUCGUGGGUGUUUAUCUUAGACGAUCCCGGGGCCCCGGUUAUCUGCCCCCUCCGGCCUUCUCUCGCACUUUGACACUUCAACAACCGCCUUUGUCCUGUUUACAAAACGCCUUUUUUUGUUGUAAUCCUUGAACCAAAACUAAUAAUUUCCGCUAUCUUCGCGGUGUGUACAUAGGAAUUUGGGGGGAUGUGCUCCGACGCCAGUGCUCUGGACGCAAUAUGUCCAAAAAUAUCUAGACGGCCUUUGUUUUGAGGGGAUUUGAUCAGCCGCGUGUCCUUGGGCCUGACAAUGACCACUGUUCCUAUUCAAAUACAACAAAUUUGGGGGGUUUCAAGACAUUUCCGUUUUAUGUAGUCGCUAGUAUGCCCGUGGAAAGUGUGUACGAAAAUUUGCGGGUAGGAAGAGCUGUUGAAAGUUUUUUAUCAAGUCUAUUUACUUUUAAUUCGCCUAUUUGUUGCAGGAGUUCGAUCGCGAGGCCGGGCCGGUUCAAAGUUAUGACAACUACUGUCUAAAUGAACGUUACUAUCGCCAACGAAGACUUACUGAAUACGAAGGUUAUCAAGUAAGUUGUUUUGAUGAUUAUUCUGUUUUAAAAUACCAACUAAUCUAACCUUGAAGUUUACACAAAUAUUGUAGAACUACCGCCCAAUGGUCCCACCACCACCACCCCCUCCUCCCCCGCCACCAGCUGCCAAAUCGCCCAAUAAACUCCAAUACCAACCGGGAAUGACCAACAAUCUGAGCUACACUCCCUCAACGAAUCUGCCCAAGUCAUCGAUGAGUCAAACAAGACCACAGACCGCCUCCUUCAACGGGCCCUUCUUCAAGAUGGAGGAGGUUUCGCCUCAAGAUAUCUCUUAUAAUCUGAAAUACCAACAAAACGAGAUCGACCGAUCCUCGAGGUACGUGGGGAAUGGAGGAGAAACGGUGGUUGUUUGGCCUCCGAACAGAGAAGAGGAGCAUCCGAGGCCCACCUCAAGCCGAUCGUUGAGGGAUCCGGAUCGGGUUGGCGAAUACGAACGACAGAAACAGUUAGAAUCCAUAGCUAUUCAACAGAAGAAACAAAAGGAGCAGGAGAACCUGGCAAAGCAAUUCAAAGCAGCCCAACUUCAACAACAACGGCUGGAAAGUCGAGGAUACGACACUGGGAGAUUAUCAGCUGAAUACAAGCAAGAAUACAAACAAGCGACGCCAUCACCCGCUCUUCAGUCGGAGCCAGGACCAAGUCCAAUGCUACGAGUCUACGAAACCCGCCCAAUAUCAGCUCAAUCGGCCGAUUCGGCAAACAAUCAGCCCAGUUGGCGGAGGACGUACAUAGUGGAAGAGCAGGAAAUCGCGGCCAGGAAUGAGAUCAUCAAGAGCGAAGAGGUUUUGGAGCGAGAAAAGUUCGACAUUGACCUUCUACAGCGACGAGACACCUUCGUGGAGAAGCCAGAGACACCGAUUCAGAUACAGAGGACGGGUAGAAGAUGGGAACCUCCUCCAGAAGAGCCCUACGUGUGGCCAACGGCCUCGAGGAAUGAUGCCGAAUUCAAAUGGGUUCCUGUGGUAGGGGACCCGGGAUAUAAACACGAAACGAACGCUUUUAUUCCUACACCUUCACCACCACAUUCACCAAUCAAAGGACGAGGUAAGAGCAGCACUAAUGUCUACGUAAAUCGUCAAAAGCAUCUUGGAGAGGCGACAGAGUUCAUAAUAAUUGAAUUUUUUAGGUACUGGCCCCUUAGACGACGUUGCUCAACGACAAACCCGACAUCUUGUCACCCCACAACCCGAUGGAAGUCAUAGACCCAAAUCAGUAUUCAAAUCGCCUAGAUCUACCCCAAGCGGCGGCUUCGUACCUCACGCACCAAACGCUGUUAGAGUUGCCAGGGAUUCGCCUCAACCAACGAAUGAACGAAGAGUUAUUCAAGAGAGCAGAUAUCGAGUUAUCAAUGACUCUAGGAGGGAGGGAGAAGGUAAGGAUUAAUCUCUAAAGAUAAUUAGACAUUGAUAUUACGGAAGUAACACUCUAAUUUUUAGUCGUAAAUGACUGGGAGAAGAUCUACGAGCUUCCUCCACAUGCCUCAACAUUAACGGAAAAGCAGCCACCCAGACGAAUCGAUGUCUCAAAACGGACGGAAAUGUUCGAAAAGCGAGUACGACGAAGUCACAGUGCUCAUCAAUCUGUAUGUCGGUUAAAAAUAGUUUUUUUAUAUCUACUACAAAUAUCACGAAUCAAGUACAAUAGAAUUCAUAACCCAAGCUCCAAUUCGAAAAUUUUUCAGCGACAUCAUAGCACUCCGCUCACUGUCAUCACCGAUCCCCACGGCCGAAAAAGCUCGCAUCAACCAAUUCCCACGAUUCGACAUUCGACGAGAUCGGACAGUUAUCGAGACGAAAUUCCAUCAAGACCUUCGUCGGCGAGGUCUCAAAGAGCUGCGGAGAUAUUCAACGAAGCCACCAGGCCAUCGCCACCUCCUCCGAGCUACAAUCGCGCCAAACGAUAUGUUGUGCCGGCAUUGCCACCGGGCAGAAAGGUACGGUUUUGAGAUUUUUUGAGGAAAAAACACGCAACACAAACUUUAAAAAAAAUUGGGAACUUCUUUUUUUCGGAAAAUACAAAAAUUGUUUUUCUCUUGUGGCAUUAUGCCAAAGGCAAGAUUUCGUUCCGAGACCUUAAAUUUUUUUACAAUUUUGAUUUUUUUAAAAUUACAAUAUGAAAUAAAUUCGUAAUGGUCAAAUUUUUAGGAAAAGUCCCGCUCCUCUCCGCCACGACCUCCUCCCGGCAACACUCGCCGUCUGUUGGGGGUGGUACAAACCGCGGCCUCCAGCCAUCAGCAUAAUCGACCACUCAGCGCCUCUCUGCAGGUCUCGCCGGAUGUGCACAGCAUCUCGCCAGCCAGCAGCAAGUACCUCUGAACGGUUCCACUGCCAUCAUUCUCAUACUCGGGUCCUCCUGUAAUUAUUGGAUUCGGCCGCAGAUUCGAAUCCCUUGCCUCUUCUUUUUCUCUUUUUUGUCUUUCCUUUUUUCUCUCUUGAUCGAUGCAACUUGUUGACGAUAAUCGAUUUCAUUUCCGGUGCAGGUGUCAGCAGAGCCACGAACGGUAAGUGCUUGUCGUAAUUUGGGGGAGGGCUGUAUUAGAUUAAUCAAAAAAAAAAUCAAAAAACUUUAACGGUUAUAUUCAAAUUAAAAAAAAAUUUUUUGCAUACAGCAUCGAUCAGGUUGAUCGUUGAAAAUUAGGGUUUAAUUUUCGUCUCGUCAAUUUCGAUUGUCAAAUUGAACUUUUACUUGUGAAAUUUUUGUAGAUUUUACAAAAAAUCGUAGGAAUUUAAAAUUUAACGGUGAAAUUAAUCUUUUCUCUCUGAUUACUCAAAUUUUCGCCCCCAACUGCACAAUUAGCCAGCAUGUUCUCCAAUUAAAGCUUGUAAUUUUUCAGCACGACGAUCUGGAGGAGUUGUCGCGCAAAUCCCGCGAGUUGGCCGAGCGCUCCAAGUCCCGGCGCAGCGAGUUCAAGCUGGUCGGUUCGGAGAUUGUGAAGACCGAGCCCGAGGCGGUUCCGCCACCGCCGCAAGCACUCAAGGUUUACCUUUUUUUUCUCUUUAUCAAGUUUGCUCAUUAAUUAGGGAGGUGUGAUCGAAAUAGUCGCGGAAUCGGGAGUGUCUAAUUCAGGGCUUUGUUUUGUGUUAUCCCUGUUAAUAGACGAGUGAAUUUUUAACAUUAGUUAUAUCAGAGUGUAAUAUGAAGUAAUGCCGUUGAUUUUUGCUACAGAGUUUUUUUUAGUUUCUAUCAUCGGCUUAACUUUAUAUUAUACUGCCAUUAAUAUCCCUGUGAUUGUUGUGUCCUCUUCCUGUUACUGUUUUUCAGUUAAACUUGUAAUGUUUUCGACUACUAACUACUUUCUAGACCUCACCGAAAGAUCAGUACUCCCCAGGCUCCGUUGGAACCACAACUUCAGCGGCCUUGCAUCAAUUAGAUCGUGGGAGUGAAUACAUUACGGUAAUUAGGAGAUGACUAACCCUUUGGUUGAAUGCUAACGACUAAUAUUGUUUGCGCCAUAACCUUGCUAUUUGUAUGUAAAUGCUGUUUUAGGAUCAGUCUUCGGCGACCUGGCAGUAUAACACGCAUUAUAACACACCGUUCAGCCCGAGGUCGGUGGUUUCGGUGAAUGGGAAUCGACGGAAUGACGAUGGUCUUCUGAAGAUCCGCACCUCACAGUCCGUCAUGAAUAUCAGCAGAGCUGAGGUAAAGCCGGCCUAGGUCGUAAUGGCCCUGAAUUACUCUGUGUUUACUAACUGUUCGCUUAUUAACAACGCUUUGCACUUCCGAAUCCUAUGGGGAUAAAACCAGGGACAUUUUAUACGAAAGAAGUGAUGACUUUAGUUGAGGUGACAUUUUAUACGAAAGAAAUGGUGGCUUUAGUUGGGUGACAUUUUAUACGAAAGAAACGAUGACUUUAAUUGGGGUGACAUUUUAUACGAAAGAAAUGGUGACUUUAGUUGAGAUGACAUUUUAUGCGAAAGAAACGGUGACUUUAGUUGGGGUGACAUUUUAUACGAAAAAUGAUGACUUUGCUUCGAUGAAAUUUUAUAUGACAAAAUUAGCACUUCAAUGUAUCCAUAAGAAGAAAGAAUGACUUUCCCACAAGCACUUCCCAGCUUUUACCUUCCCUUAACAGGUCGAGACCAAGCCCUGGCCCCACAUGCCAGCCGAUUUGGACCCCGUCCCCGACUCUCCCCAAUCCACCCUUGCCCGACAGUACCACGCAGAGCGCUACAGUAAAGUGAAUCACUACAACUCGAUGCCCGCUUUGGACACGUCGGCCUCGGCGCGCGGGACCACCAUCCAAAUCCAGGUAGGGUUGGUGUGGCUUGGCGCACGUGAUGGGCGGUGUUGGAAGACCUCGUUUUUCUCUCUUUUUCACGCUGUAAUCUGCAAUUUACACACCCGCAACUACUUCUUGCCUUUUUACUUUUGUUGGGUUUAGUUUUGACUCUUGUUUACAGGACGAGAAACAGCAACAACGAGUCGUAAUGCAGCCCGCCGAAGAGAGCGAAUCCAGAUCGCAGCUGGUCCGGCAGACUCGCGAGGUCAUCUCCAGCGGAAAGGUAGGAAAUCUUUGAAGUUGUAACUAGGUAAAUUUGAAAAAAUGGCAAAAAAACGGAAUUUCUUAGGCAUAAUUUAUCUUGCAAUUAGUCAAAAAAUCAAAAAAUAAAAUCCUCCAAAUUCCAGCCCCGAGUCACUGAGACAAUUCAGCGUGUUGAGGAACGCAAAGUCACCGAAGAAACCGAGCGUCGGGUACUUCGGCGAGAACGGAAACACCGAAGUCAUCGUUCUGCUCAUCGUUCCCAUCAUCAAUCCUCAGGGCAUCAGGAAGCCAUCGGAUGGCAUGAGGGCGGUGGAACAGGUAAGACGCGCUCUAUUACUAAUAAACUAACAACUACUAAUUUAAUAAUUGCUAAUCUCUAACCCAGGACAGCCACUAACCCACUAUGAGGAAUCUCGGAGCCAACAUCCGUCGUUCGAGUAUAUCAAGGAAGAAAGUUUGUUGUUAACGAGUAGGUAGACCACUAACCCCAAUAAUAUCAUCUAUAAGCCUUAAAAAGACAUUACUUGCUCAAAACACAAUCAUUUUCAUAUUACACUAGCCAUUUCCAGCCCAUCGAAGCAGCUCUGCCUCACGAGGCGGGUCCUACUACACCGCCGGCAAUGGAUACGACCGCUACGGUGGCUACAAUCCUCCACCACCACCCAGAGACUACCCGGUUGGGUAUCAUCGGGGCUACGAGCCCACUUAUUACCAUACCUCAUACAACGGAUACGACAUGCCUCCGGCAUAUCCGCGGCGCACCGCCAGCGCCACUUUGUACCACUGA